AUGACUUACGGAAGGAGAUCGAACGCGAAUUUCGGCACGGCGGUCGCCGACGUCUGGAGGCGUGAAGUCGGCGAGCUAUCCACUAGAAGCUUCGCUCAACGCUUAGCGGCCUCUCAGGACCUUGUGCUUCGUCUGGAUAUCGUAAGAAAGCUAGACAAGCACCAUGGUUGCGUGAACACUGUUGGCUUUAAUGAUACCGGUGAUAUUCUUAUAUCGGGUUCUGACGAUAGGAGGGUCAUUCUCUGGGAUUGGGAAACUGGUCGAGUUAAACUUUCUUUCUUUUCCGGUCAUGAUAACAAUGUUUUCCAAGCCAAGUUCAUGCCUUACACUGAGGAUAGAAGCAUUGUUACUUGUGCAGCUGAUGGACAGGUCAGACAUGCUCAGAUUCGCGAAUGUGGAGCAGUGACUAACUUGCUGACUCAACAUCAGGGAAGGGCGCACAAACUAGCCAUUGAACCUGGAAGCCCUCAUAUAUUUUAUAGCUGUGGGGAGGAUGGAUUGGUUCAACAUAUUGAUCUGAGAACUGGAAGUGCCACCAGCCUUUUCACCUGCAAACCUGUGCCGAGCCAGAGUUAUUUCUCUUGUGUUCAUCUAAAUGCAAUCACUAUAGAUCCAAGAAACCCAAACUUAUUUGCUGUCGGCGGAGCAGAUCAAUUUGCUCGGCUUUUUGACAUCCGUAAAUACAAGUGGGAUGGGUCAUCCGAAUUUGGCCGUCCUGUUGAAUUCUUUUGCCCCAUGCAUCUCGUCAAAGAUGAGAGUGUUGGCAUAACAGGGCUGGCAUUCUCCGAGCAAAGCGAGCUUCUUUUGUCCUACAAUGAUGAGUUUAUCUAUCUCUUCACAAAGGAUAUGGGGUUUAGACCUCAGCCCUCUUUAUAUGAUGAUAAUGAUCCAUGUCCUUUGUCUCCUUAUAACAAGUCUCCUUCACGGGUUCUAGAAGAUCUAACAGAUGCUCCUCAGGCCUACAAAGGGCACAGGAACUGUGAGACUGUGAAGGGCGUUGGUUUCUUCGGUCCGAGGUGUGAGUAUGUCGUGAGUGGGUCAGAUUGUGGUCGGAUUUUCAUUUGGAAGAAAAAGGGCGGAGAGCUCGUUCGUGUUAUGGAAGCUGAUAAUCAUAUAGUGAAUUGCAUCGAGGCCCAUCCUCAUGCUACGGUGCUUGCUAGCAGUGGACUGGAGCAUGACAUAAAAAUCUGGAUCCCGAAAGCUAUAGAGAGAGCCAUUUUGCCAACUAACAUUCAAAAGGAUAGAGUCCUCAGUUCACUAAAUCGACGAAUCGGUUUCUUCCCGUUUGGUGUCUUUUACGACGACGAUGAUGAUGAUGAUGACUUCAUCAACACCGAUGAUGACUUCAUUUAUUCCCAGGACGACGAAGAUGAUGAUGAUGACGAUGAUGACAGCGACGAUGAUGACGAGGAUGACAGCAGCAAUGGUGGUGAAGGUAAUAACCACAACAAUGAUGAUCACAUCUCGGAUGGAUACCGCGUAGAGGAGGAAGAAGGUGAGGAAAAUAAUUCUGAUAACGAUAAUAAUGAAAAUUCUGAUUCGACUGUCUUUGGGGAUGCGGAUGAUGACGAGAAUUUCGGUUCGGAGAACUUCUGUGACAACGAGUUUGAAGAGAUGAGCCUAUUGGAGGAGGGUGGUGAUUCCGAGGAUGACGAUUCAUUCGCUGAUAUAUGUGAUGAUGUCGAUAAUUAUUGUGAAUGUGGGAAUGAUGAUGAUGAUUAUGAAGAUGAUUCGGACGGUGAGUGA